CGGUAUCUCCGCCACCGGCUUCUUCUCUAACCUUUAACAAGUGCCACGUGGACAGAAUGAUCAACUCCUCACACUACUGCUCACCUUCUAGAACCAUCUACUCCGACAGGUUCAUACCGAGCAGAUCUGCCUCCAAGUUCGCCUUAUUCGACAUACCUGCUUCGCCGACCUCCGCCGCCUCGGGAGUUUCACCGCCGGCGGCUGACGGCAGGGAGGAUAGCUCCAGUGCUUACACCAUGCUGUUGAAGACUGCCUUGUUCGGACCCGACGCCGCCGGAGUUCCGGUACCGGUGACACCAGAGAAGAGGAGCUCGUCGGCCUCCGUGAUGACGAUUUCAAGCCGGAACAUAUUCCGGUACAAGACGGAGACUCGGCAGUCCUUCCAUUCGCUUUCGCCGUUCAUGUGCGACGAUGCGGUCCCCGGCGUUAAUCACAGCCCUGUCAAGGCUCCUAGGAAGGUUCCUCGGUCGCCGUAUAAGGUUCUAGACGCGCCUGCGCUGCAAGACGAUUUUUAUCUGAAUCUGGUGGAUUGGUCUUCGCACAACGUGCUGGCGGUUGGUCUUGGUAACUGUGUUUAUUUGUGGAAUGCGUGUAGCAGCAAGGUAACUAAAUUAUGUGAUUUGGGGAUUGACGACUGCGUUUGUUCAGUUGGCUGGGCUCAACGGGGUACCCACCUUGCUGUUGGAACUAGCAAUGGAAAAGUUCAGAUUUGGGAUGCAGCUCGAUGUAAGAAGAUAAGAUCGAUGGAGGGUCAUCGUUUACGUGUUGGAGCCUUGGCCUGGAGUUCUUCUCUUUUGUCCUCAGGUGGCCGGGAUAAGAAUAUAUAUCAACGAGAUAUAAGAGCACAGGAAGAUUUUGUCAGUAAACUUUCGGGGCACAAAUCAGAGGUUUGUGGACUGAAGUGGUCAUAUGAUAACCGUGAGUUAGCAUCUGGAGGAAAUGACAACAGACUGUUUGUUUGGAAUCAACAUUCAACCCAGCCUGUCCUUAAGUAUUGUGAGCAUACAGCAGCUGUUAAAGCGAUUGCAUGGUCUCCUCAUAUUCAUGGACUUCUUGCAUCAGGAGGAGGAACUGCAGAUCGAUGUAUUCGAUUCUGGAAUACAACCACAAACUCACACUUAAGUUGUAUGGACACUGGAAGUCAGGUUUGUAAUCUUGUUUGGUCAAAAAAUGUCAAUGAAUUGGUAAGCACACAUGGAUACUCCCAGAAUCAGAUAAUAGUUUGGAGAUACCCGACCAUGUCGAAGUUAGCAACUCUUACAGGUCAUACAUAUAGAGUUCUUUAUCUUGCCAUCUCUCCAGAUGGGCAGACUAUUGUAACUGGAGCUGGAGAUGAAACACUUAGAUUUUGGAAUGUAUUUCCUUCCCCUAAAUCACAGAAUACUGAGAGUGAAAUUGGAGCUUCAUCUCUCGGAAGAACAAUUAUAAGGUGAUUGCACCUGCCGUUUUGACCUAUUUAUGUUACAUUUUUUGAUUGUUGUGAGAAAGCAAGCUUAGAAGAGAACAGCAUUCUGGAAAAACUUCGCGUGUGAAGAAAACAGAGCAGAUUUAUACUUAUCAGAAAGGUGGUAUGGCUGCUGAAUGCUGAUGGUGUGAUAUCCCUGCCUUUCAUGCGAAGUCCCAUUUUAUUUUAAAAAGAAGAAAAUAAAAGGAGUCAUUUUCUUGACUUAGAUUUAUAAAUGUGCUAAGGGGAUUGUAACGGCCUUUGUAUAUAACUAUUCUUUCUCAGGAGAGGUGUAACGACAAUUUUUUUCCCCUAAUGCAAUUAUUUUUAUUGUUUUAGAAAGUUAUUUUGAAA